AUUCUUCCUCCUCUGUUUCUCAUCAUCUCCAUUGAAGGAAGCAAAGAAGAUGAAAUAUACUCCAAGAUCGGAAGGAAGAAAGUUCAUUAUCCCUUCUUUCUUCUUCAUCAUAGCUCUUUGUGUAUUAGCUUUCAUCAACGAAGUCAGAUUCGAUAGCUUAUUGAGUUUUGGAAGAUGUGCUUUGUCAAACGUCCCGAUGAAUAAUAAUAGUUCAUCGGAGACUCCGUUGUUGUCUUCUUCUGGUGGUGAUGAGAUUAGGAUUCUUAUUGGAAUCCUUACACUUCCUGAUCAGUACCCACGUCGGCAUUUUCUCCGCAUGAUCUACGGGACACAAGUUGUUCCGGACGGUGUUAAGGUUGAUGUGAAGUUCGUGUUCUGUAACUUGACUAAAGAAGACCAGAAAGUGCUUGUUGCUUUAGAGAUUAUGCGUUAUGAUGAUAUCAUCAUACUCACUUGCAAUGAGAAUAUGAACAAAGGCAAAACGUACACAUACUUCUCAAGCUUACCAGACUUAUUCAACGAAACCGAUGCACCUAACCCACCGUACCAUUACGUGAUGAAAGCCGACGACGACACAUACAUAAGACUGGAAAGUCUCGUUGCAUCUUUAAGACCACUACCUCGAGAAGAUCUCUACUACGGCUAUGUCAUUCCAUGUCCAAGCAUGGACCCGUUCGUCCAUUACAUGUCAGGAAUGGGUUACUUAGUGUCAUGGGACAUUGCGGUUUGGCUCAAAGACUCGGAAAUUCCCAAGAAACAUCUAGAAGGUCCUGAAGACAAAGUGUUUGGCGAUUGGAUUAGAGAAGGACGACGAGGAAAAAACAGGUUUAACGCUAAGUGGUCUAUGUAUAAUUUCCCUGAGCCACCGACUCGAUGCACACAUGAGCUUUGGCCUGACACUAUUGCGGUUCAUUUGUUGAAGAACCAAGAGAAGUGGAUACGUACGUUGAACUAUUUCAAUGUUACUAGCAAUCUCAAGCCUUCCAAAUUAUACCACAUACCCUAGAUAGUCUUUUCGUUUGCUUUUACCGGUUUAUAUUAUAUUUUUAUACUUGUAUUGUUUUACUUAAAAUUGGUUUUGUGAUCGUUAAUACUCUUUAAUAAUCGAUUAUUUUUGGUGGGAUGAUUAGUAAACCAGACUUUGUAGUUUGUAACUCUCUAAUCUUCUUAUGUGAUUAUGAUGAGGUUUACAUUGCUCUGAUUUAGAAUUAUUAACAUGGUUGGA